CAUCAUGGCGACUUCGUCAGUAACAAGUACCUUCUUGUUCCUAUUUUGGUUGGUCCUUGCUGGAUGGCGGUUGGCGAGUACAUUCUUGCCUUUACCAGGAUAUCUACAUCCUGAUGAGUACUUCCAGUCAACGGAGGUCCUGGCAGGUGAUAUUUUCAAUCUUAAGGUUCUGAAGACUUGGGAAUUCAAUGGCACCUCUCCUAUCAGGUCGAUGGCCUUUCCACUGAUGACAGCUGGACUACCCUUUCGAGUUCUUAAGUACCUGGCCACAAACUAUUUCCAGAAUUACGGAAACUUCGUCAACGCCUACUCCUUGUUAGUCGCGCCAAGAAUCUUCAUGGUUCUCAUGAGCUUUGGUGUUGAUUUCUUUAUCUUGCGGAUCUGCCGUAACUUUGGAUUUCGUGCGAUGCCCUCGUUGAUGCUGUUUGCUUCAUCUUAUGUGAUCAUGACGUAUUACCAGAGAACUCUAUCCAAUGCAACAGAAGCAUUCCUCUUUGCUGAUUUGAUUUACAAUGUUAGUAAGCAUAUUCGGAAGGUAGAGGGCGUCACUGAGGCAUCGAAGGAAAGUAAACGAAAGGGCGGAAAGGAGAAGGAGAAGAAAGCAAAAAAUCAACCGGUCAUCAAAAAGUGUGGCACUUGUGGUGGAUCAUUCUGGAUACCUGUCAUCAUCAUCGCUGGUACCUUCAAUCGCCCGACUUUCCCAGCAUUUGCUCUUGUGCCAUUUAUUUGUUGGUUGUUAAAUGACACAGACUUCCUCUCGAAAUGGACUCUCAUCAUAAAGAGGCUCAUCUUAUGUAUCAUUGUGGGAAGUUUGACUGUUCUUGGGUUCACUCUAGUCGAUUCCAUUUACUAUGGUUCCAUGGAUUCUAACAUCUUUUUUGAAGGUGCAUCAUCAAUACUGGCUUUUGUCCAGUCAGGAAAAUUCAUCAAGAAUCUCACGCUCACGCCCUUAAAUUUCAUCAGGUACAACAUGGACAACAAAAACCUUGCGAGCCAUGGAACUCACCCCAAGUAUACCCACCUCCUGGCAAAUCUCCCAAUGUUGUUUGGUCCCCUCGCUACCCUCAUCCUCCUCGAUCUCUUCAGGCUCCCUGCCAAGGCCUCAACUGAAGACAAACCAGAUAAAAACCGCAACCGCAUCCUUGUAUACCUGAGCAUUUCAAUACCAGUCAUAAUACUGUCCAUCUUUCCCCAUCAGGAGCCACGAUUCUUGAUUCCGCUUUUGAUCCCCGUAGCAGUCAUGUACGGAACGUACCUAUUUGGACCGGGAUGCUACAAGAGUCUCAGUUUCAUCUGGAUCCUAUUCAACGUUUCGUUCACCAUGUUCUAUGGUCUGCUCCACCAGGGCGGCAUGUUCCCCUGCAUCCAAGACUUGCAGCAAAAAUUCUACUCCGAGCGAAAUCUGGGUAAAACUCACCAUGUGAUUUUCUACCACACGUACAUGCCACCCUGGCACCUAUUCACCCUCAAUCAGGACGGCUACGUCGGCUUUGUACAAAAACCAACAAAGAAAAUCAAACAGCAAUUGUCCCUUCAUGAUCUUGCUGGCUCCCCACCAAAACUCUUGGAUGAAUACAUUGACAAGUUAAUCACCCCCGAUAUGUCCAAAACUGAAAUUCUUGUAGUAAGUCCGAGCACUAUUGAUGCGUUAUUCUGUACUUGGAAGAAUAGGAAGGUUUAUAAGUUUGUCAAUAGUUACUCGCACCAUCUCACCAUGGAGGACUUGCCUGACUUUGAACACGAUAUCGAAUGCCAGCUUGGUAAUGUUAUUUUGGAAAACUGCAAUCGAGAUUGUCGUGGUAAAUCACUCCUUGAAAAAGUUGACAGUGUUCUGAGUUUGUUUGUUUACAAGGUUGAAAAAGUUCAAGAGAAAAAGAGUGAAACUGUGAAAGAGAGGAAAUCAAACACUUUGAAGUCUAAAGAUAAGUAAUGUACAUUGUACAGGUAAUUGUACCUUUUAGUCUUAACCCAGAAAUGUGUUCAUAUCAUCGUGGCAAUCAAACUUUGAUAUUACAUGUACAUGUGUAUCUAUGAUCAUCUGUAGUAUUUAUCUGAAAUAGGCUUUCUUGUAUGAAUUGUGCCACUUCUGUUUCAUAUGGUACAUGUAUUCCAACUACAAAAUGUAUUGUUUGUGUACACAACGCAGCCUGUGUUCUCUCUGUCAAAGUGUACAGUGAUACAUGUCUCACUGUUGUCAAAGAUUAAAUCUUCAGUUAUUCUUGAUAUAGUUAAGUAUUUGUAGGUUCUGUUUUAAGGGAUGAAAAAUACUCCAUUCUAGGCAGCAGGUCUAAUGCUAAAGGUCAGGCUUUGGUGAGGCCUUGUUCAUAGCUUGUUCUUGAUGACACUGCUUGUUGAAAGGGGUAGGUCAUCAAGGAUUACAUGUCACUCGCAUUAUUUUGACGUCCUCCUUUGUCCUUUGUUUCACUUUGUCUGUCACGUCAAGUCCUUCACUUCACAGUUCAUUUUGUAGGAGAAUUUAUUGCUUUUUCUGUUGUAAAUUAAUGCAUUGCGAGGUCCAAAGUAUUAGAAGUUUUGCAGUAUUGUAUAUUUGUAUUGUUAUGUAUUAAUAGUACUAUUAACAAGCUGAUCUAUUGACAUUGUACCUUGGAGGGAUACCGAUGCACAAUAUGGGUAAAGUGGCAUGGUGUACACUUGCAUUUGUAACAGAAAGAUGAGCUUACAGGGAGGCAUUUACGGUCAUUUUUGAUGGGAAGAUGUUUGUUGUCCUUGUAUGUGACAAUGACAGAAUGAGAAUGCCACUAUUGACUACUAAAAGAAUAAAGUCAUGUUUUUUGUAAAGGCAAUAAUUUACAAUUAAAGUAAUGUUUCUAUAUGUUACAUAAUAUAUGUGAAGUUUCUGAUCAUGUGCUAAUAAAAUGUCUA